AUGGAUAAGAAAAGUAUGUCUUUGUACGAAAUAAAGCAACACCCAAAGGGAUAUGGUAUUCCAGAACUUUCACAUGAAAAGGAGGAAUAUGAAAUCGAUCAUCCCGUUGGACACAAGUUUGACAUCAACAAGGGCGAUAUCGACGAGAUUGAAAAAAAAAAAAGACCAUAUUUGAGCUAUUUAUGUAAAAUGGUUCCAGACUAUGGCAAAAAUUAA